AUGAUUGAUAAUAAUGUUCUUAUAGCUAUAAUUGUAGUCUUGGGUAUCAAUUAUCUAUAUGGUUGGUAUAUUGAUUCUACCAAAGAUGUCAGCGAGGUUUACUUAAAUGAACAAUCUGUUAUAGAUGCUACGAGAAAAUCAGAUGAAUCGGCCAUUUACAAGUCGAAUAAAUUGGAUUAUUCACAUGGAUUGAGAAUCGGAUUAGAUAUAAGAUAUAACCAUUAUAAGUUGAGAAACGGAAACCUAUGUGACGUGUGGGAGGUAUUAAUAAAUUCUACUUUGAGAGAGCCUUCUAAGAAAAUCGUAAUCCAUAAUGAGACAAUAAAAAUAGUAGAGCUAAACUACAUGGUUGAUAAGAUCGGGAACUACAUGAAAGAGAAAGAAUUCAAGAAAAUCGCAAUCAAUUUAAGGAACUCCUUGGCCUGUGCCGAAGUAUUUUGUAUUCUUAUAGCAUGUUUUGUCAACCGGAUUACUGUCAAUUUCUACGAUGAUAUUGAAAACGUUGAAGAUAUUGAUUUAUAUGUAGUUGACGAGCAAGAACUCACUCGAGUUAAGGGUAAGAAGUACAUAUUAUUCAAUUCCACAAGCGAAAACUCGGUACAUGAUAUUUUAGAGGGAACACGGGGAGAAUUAUUGAAAUUUCAGAACGAAUAUCAUCCUGAUAAAGAUAAGGGAAUAGCCAUUCGAUUUAGUCGCAAAGUAAACCAUAGGAUCUUAUCAAAUAUUGACUUUGCUCAGAUUAAUUUAAUUAGUGGUAUUGCAUCUACAAUUAAGCAUGUACCAUUAUCGCGUAUGUGGGGCGAUAAAGAUACUUUACUUGUGGUGCAGUCAAAGGCUAAAACUAAUGAAAAUAUCCUUAGUGAGAUAUGCAAGAUAAUGGCGUGUUUUGUCACGAAUACUGAAGUUAAAAUAACUAAUACUGCUGACUGGUCUGUUAUCAAGUCGCAUAAGCCAACUAUAUUAUCGAUUAAUGAAUCAGACUUCAUUGAAAAUGUGCAGCUUGAGGAAAUCAAACCUCGGAAAAAUCUAAUUAAGCAGCUUCAGUUUAAUCAAUCUAUGAAGUUCCUCUCAAAAGGGAAAUUUACCACUACUUAUAACGAUAAUUUGAGGUUAGUUUAUCUUCAAACUAGUAUAAUUCAGAAAAGUAAAUUGAAUACAUUGCAAUUAAAUGAAUAUAGAUCGUUGUUGGGUGCUCGAAUUAUUAUAGAGUAUGGAUAUCCAAAUGUUGUUGGACCUCUAAUUCAAACUGACUUUUAUGAUUAUAGAAUUAUUGCGUUAAAUAACGAUGUAAAUGGAUUCGGAUGUCUUUCACAAUCAAUAGAAGCUAAGUUAGUCAAUUUACAGAAUAAUUACGGUACUAUAUUAAUAAGAGGCUAUACUAUCGGUAAGGCAUUAAAUACUAUGAAUAAUGAAAGUAGACCCUUAGCUGAUAAUGAAGGGUUUAUGCCAAUAUAUAAUGUACGGGGCAAGUGGGGUAAUGACGGGUGUUUGUAUAUAUAUAAAGCUUAA